AUGGCUUCUAUAUAUCUCUCGUCGAGUGCGCAACAGCAGUUAGCCCGUAUCUCCGACAUUCAGUCUGAACCACGUCGUACCCUAACGCCGAUUCAAGGUUAUCAAAAUCUACCCUUGGUCACACUCGAGAAAUCUAUUGAACCCCUGACCGACCUCAUCGAAGAUAUUGAGGCAAUGGCUUACAAUGCUGUGCAGCAAACGCAAGAACUCUCUGCCAUACCAGAUGGUUUCACUGUGAAUGAAUCCGCCAGCCUUCGUCUCUACUCGAUGGAAUGGAAACCGGGAAGUCUGUACACCAUUCUCAACCGCAUUCUCCGUUCAGAAGACCGAGAACUACAGGAAUCAUUCUUCUACUACCUGAAGUUAUUCUUAACAGCACUUUGGAAACUUCCACCAACCGGGCGUAUCCACGUUCAACGCGGUAUCAAACUUGACUUAAGCGAAGAAUAUCCUGAGGGCAAGACUUUCACGUGGUGGGGUUGCUCGAGCACUACGCAGUCUAUUAAAAUGCUCGAAUCAGAAAAAUUUCUUGGAAAAGGUGGAAUUCGAACACUGUUGAACAUUGAUUGUAGUUCAGGAAAAAUCAUCAAAUAUCAUUCGGCCUAUACCCACUGA